CAAUUGAUGGAGCAAAAGUUAAUCAAGUUGAUAUCAUUAAAAAAGCUUUUGAAUUCAAAAGUCUUAAAACUGUUGGCGGAGGCCAAAAUUUAGAAAUUGCUACUGUGCACAUCAAGAGUCAUUCUUGUUCUAUGAUCAAACGUCUCCGUCAUUGGUGGCAUUCUUCCUCUUGGCUUGCACAUCUUGUUAUUGUUGCUUUAUUCUUUACAUCAAUCUUGGGUAUUUUCUUUAUUAUUGUCCGUAAUACUAUAGAAGAUUUUAUGUUAUCAUUAUUUCCACGAACUCCGUAUCAGGUUGUUUGCCAAUAUGAUGAUUAUGAUGAUGGACAAGUAGAAAAAGUUAUCUUUAUAGCCGACGAAGAAAAACGUGCAUUGAUGAAACAAGAAAUAGAGAAAAAUUAG